GCACGCGAUGACCGACCUUAGCGAUGACGAUUCGAAAAAAUCCUCCAUGCCUCCGAUGACGACAAGAGAUCCAAGGCCACGCAAAGUCCGUCUUCGUGCGCCCUUUGUGCAAAGAAAUUCACGGUGCAGUCGGCGAAGAGUCAGCGAACUUUGACCCGGGUAAAAUCGAGCAAACAUAGCGUCCCGGCUAUCUCUCUUCUCGCGUCUUGACUCAUUCUUUUUCGUUGAUGUCUCUUAGUGUUCGUCAGAUAGAUCUUGUGUGUACGAUCGCUUGCACACGCGUGCAGGAAACGAACACGAUUUUGUGCAAACGAGGAAGCUGUUGCGGCCUCUCGAUGUUUGUUCUUCUCGCUUUUGUAAAUCGGUCUGUUUGCAUCGUUGUUUACUAGGGAAUCAUGCUCGCUAGAAAGCGUCGGAGGAUUGUGUUUGCUAGGGAAUUAUAGAUUCUCUAGACGGAUGACGCACUUUUGUCGGAUUAACGAGUUUCUCGUGGCUACUUUUUUAACCCUUUGACUGCUGAGGAUUCUCAGCGAAAUUAUUACUUUUCUUUUUAUUCUAUUUCAUUUCUCAGUAUAUUUUUUCAUUUGUUUUUCUUUUUCAGUGUUUUGUCAUAUCAUUACCAUGUGAUAAUAUAUGGCGUGUAAUUAGUAAUAUGCAUUGAUAACUUUUAUUUAAUUAUAAUUAGUAUAUACAAGAAAUAAUCCAUGGACGCAAAUACACGUUUAUAGUCUGCACCGAUAGCUUUCAUCGGAUGUAUAUCUGCGUUCAUAGCAGUCAAAGGGUUAAAGAACUUUUCUACUCAUCUGAAACGCGUUUCCUCUAAUGUAUAGUUAGGGAUGUUUUAAAUAAAAAUUUAAGUAAAAAUUAAAUUUCAGUCGUUACUCUCAGUUACUCUAAUGAAAGCGAGGAAAACCAUCGAGUAACUCUUUUGAUUAACAAAAUGGUCAGGCGUUACACGUUCAGUCGAAGAAAGAGGGAAGAGAGUAACGUUGAGAGACGUAAUUAUGAGAGUCAUAUUGAAAAUGCGAAUCACGAAAAGGGUACGUGUCGGAAAAUAUGAAAUACCUUGUUGUUUACGCGAUUCUGUGUGUGCUGGAGUUGCGAGUUGAGGGCGCAAUUAAAAUUCGCGUAAACAGCAGGAACACGUUAGCCGGAGGGCAAUCGUACUAGGUGAAUUUCUAGUUGUACGUAAUCCAACGUGAUCCCUACGACAUCGUUGAAUGAACUAGAAACCAGCAGCACGGCUUAUACGCUACACAAAAUGUUCCAUUUUAAUUUAUCCAUGCAAUUAUCUUCUCAAUUAUUUGCUUUCCAAGAUAAUGUUCCAAAGGGAAUUCACCGUGUUGCAGAAGAUGUUUCAAUUAGAUAGAUGUAAACGUUCUAAAAUCUCCGGUAGAAAAAUUCUUUUCCCUCUGAUCUUCGAAUUUGUUGAAUUCGAAGGAAAUAAAAUAUAAGUUCACGCGAAGAGUGAAACUCUGCAAGUGCUUCCGGGGGAUUAAUAAUCGAUCACUUCGUAGCGCGGUUUCCCGCUUGCUUUAAUCUUUGAACCGGAUGUUACGGGACCGCGUAUACAGGAACCCUGCUGCUCUUUGGUUAUCCAGUUUUGACAGUGGCCCGUAAGAAUCAGCAAUGGCUGUAAAUCACGUCAACGCGCAAUAUCGCUCGAUUCGUAGCAACGAUAGAACCGCUGUUUGUCAUCCACACUGUCAGAUCCAUUGUUCCUAGUGGACUACUUAUUCGUCAUUGUGGACAACGAUUUGACUCGAUUGAUUGCGUGUGCAUUUCACGCGGGGACGUUUGUGACCGGAGAUUUAUCUGGCUUUUGCUCGUUCGCGUGCAAACGAAUGGCGAAAUAUGAAUUUAAUUAGUCGAUCGACCGACGAUCUGAGGGUCCUUUGAGGACAGGCACACGGUGCCGCGAAUGCCUGUCAAAUAUUCGAAUCGAAAUUAAAAUUGUAAAUCUUCGAAAUGCGAAUGUUCAUUCAUCAAAAUGUAAUGAAAACUCCGAAAGUACGGAUAGACGGAUUUGUUGGAACUUUCUGCAUAAAAAAUAGUUCACUGUCGCCUAUUCGUGACUUUGAUACUUAAAUUUUAAGAUACCUAGCAAGUUCAAUGCUUAAGGAAAUAAUAGCCCACUAUGGAUAUGGGUUAAUCGUUCUCACGGAACAAAAAAGGAAAAUGAAGUAUUUCCAUAAACAGUCGUCGUUAACGAGUGCUGGUUUACGUAACUGGCGCGGAGCCGAUCGUAAUUGCCGAUAAAAAUAAUUAACGGUGUUCACCGAUUAACCGUAGUUUUACGCUGAUUUGCGAAAUCUAGAGAAGCCAAUCGAUGCGAUUCGAAUCGUGGGAGGUACAUUUCGGAAAUAUCGCAUCGAACGCGUUGUAUUCGAUUAAAAACAUUGAAAAUCUUGGAGGAAAACCAGGAAGAUAGUCGACUGACCAGUAAAGGUGUUAACCACGGGAUCCUUUUGUUCUCCGUACGAAAAACAGAGCAAUCCUUCUUGGAGAGUCGAAAAGUUUCGAAAGCUAUUUAAAGUUGGCAGGGCCGCUCGUUAUAACGUCAGCCUUUUUGGUGAAUUCACUUAAAAUUAAGGAAAUGUUGGCGUUGAUAGGUAACGUGGCUCGCGAUACCAUCGUAUCCCGUUCGUUUUCCAGCAGCGGGUAAAAGUUCCCGAGAACUCAUCGAAUCUCCGGCAAGAACAAAGAAAAAACUUGACUAAGAGGGGUAGAAAGCGUGGAGCUCGAUGCUUAAAUCCUAUCUCGAUCGCAUUGUUUUGCUACUCUGGAUAAGAGGAGAUCACCGGAGAAACUGGUCGGUCUGUUUAGGCGAAAUUCUCGAAUACAAAGAGCACGUCGGGUGAUUAUGAAGGUAGAAAGCACUUUUCACUGCUCCCGAAGUAAAACCUUUUCAUCUUCUAUUUCGUGAAUUUCCUCUUCUAUUCAUCGUUGGCCCGGCAUUGCCAUUAAUUUGCGCAACCACCGCGACACAAUGUAAUGUUUAUCAUUGAGAGAACCGUUUCUUGAACCGAGACUCGUGGCAAGAACAAUGAUUCCAGGCUUAUAAACGACGAACCGGUGUUAAGAGAAUCGUGUGUUUUAUCGAGACGGAAACACGAUUAUCGCUGGUUUGUCCGAAUAUUCCAAGUUACUUGCGACUCGAAUUCAUUGCCAAUCGAGUCGAUGCAUUCGGGGAAAGGUGUUCGAAACGGAAGUUCGAGUUUCUGUACCUCCGACCAUGUAUCGGUUACAAUCCUCUUUGCUUUGGCGCGAUACGAUUUCACAUUUGCCUCGUUUUAUCGCUGCUUAUCGUUUUAUUCGACGAUAAAAGUUGCGAUUAACGUAAGAACAUACCCUCGCCUUUAUGGAGAACGCAUUUCUCGUGUACGGUUCCUCCACCUCGCCAUCGUAUCGGUUCGCUCGUUCGACGGAAGUAAGUGGAACGCGAAACACUCGUCUGCGAAUGAAAAGCACUGCUAAACACGAUCGUUGUUAAGAAAAAGAAACAAAAAAAUGACCGGGCUAUUUAGGAUUUCCGAGUGUACCAGAAAUAACGAAGAAUGUGCGCGUGCAACCAUUAGGCCGGAACAGGUAGACAGGGGUAGACGGGGAGGCGGAGGAGGUAGAGCGAAGAAAAGGAAGAAAGGGUAGUAGAAAAGCGGGAAAACAGAAGCGGUAAAACUGCAGCGAAUCGUCGCGUACUUUGGCCCACGACCCCCCCCCCCGUCAAGCAACAAAAGCCUGCGGAAAUCCCCUGCCGGAGUCAGAAGCGCGGGCAAACAGAAGAUUCAUUGAAUUAAACUCGAAGGUACCGGCGGUUUAACCACGCGUUUCAGGGAUGUACUUCGACUUCGCGUGACACGAAUGGACAAAAAGAUGUUAUUCUCGGAAGCCAGGGCUUGAAACGGGCCGUACAAGCUCGAAACAAGAAACAAUGAAGCGUGGGCGGGAAGAAGAUGGUCGAAAAGAUAGAAACAAGAAAGAGGAUGAAAUAGAGAGAACGGAAGGGGUUGAAAAAGAGAUUAAUUGGGAGAAACGUAAUGGGAAGAAGAAAUCGGUAAGAGGAGGGAAUAUAAGAGCGAACCGAACGGGUAGACGAAACGAGGGUGGUAAAUAAUGAACGCAGAGGGGUGGAAAGAAGCAACAAGGAGCAGAAGGAACCGUGAAGAAAGUAAGGAAGGGGUGACAGAGAAAGAGGGAAGGAGAGAAAGAGAGAACAUACGUUUUUCAGAAAACACCGCCCUUCAGAUCUCUCUUCUACCCCUCGUGGCCUCUUCCUUUUCCCUCGGCUCGUUUUUCCCAAUUCUGGCAGCUCUACGAGGAGAGUGUUGUCGGUUAGGAGAAUCCGCGCAUGUGCCACGGUGGUGGCAGCCUCGAGGACGUAACCAGCGCCGGAGACAACGAGAGGAAAAGGGAAAGAGGACGAGUGGAUGCAGUUCGGUGCGAGUAAGAAGGACGAGCAGGGGGGUUGAUACGUGUGAGAGUACCCUCUGAAGAGUGGCGUCGGUAGUAUAGGUGGUGGGAGGAGAGCCGAGCGAAGGGGGUGAGAGACGACCGUUCACGUCUUUUCGACGUCGACGCAACCCCGUUGGCGCAGAAUAGCUGCUCAGUGCUCGUCGAACGGCGCUGUGUUGCGACGGGACCAUGCCGCCGCGCCCUGCACCACCGAUCAACCGAUCUCAGGUGAUAUAAUCCUGGAUAAGAAUUGAUGAUCUCUACUGGCCUGGCCAGCCCUCGAAAUUGACCCGAAUUGAUCGAAGGCCCGAUUACCGGAAACAGACGACCAAAAAUGUGACGCGCGGGGGUCACUCGACGGUCGUGGCUCGAAUAGAGAAGACUGGACGACUAUUGGAAGCGUGACGGUGGAUUGACUGGUCCAGCCUGGACAACAUGAAUUCGGGCAGCGAAUCGGGCGGCACGAUGACCGAGGACUACGAGGUAACAGGCUGCGGUCCACCGGAAGAGGAAACAGGUUCAAACUUGCCGGUCUGGGAAGCCGCGGCAGCAUCUCUGACACUCGGUUUCCUCGUCCUGGCCACGGUGUUGGGUAACGCGUUGGUGAUCCUGAGCGUGUUCACCUACAGACCGCUGCGGAUCGUGCAGAACUUCUUUAUCGUGUCGUUGGCCGUGGCCGAUUUGGCGGUUGCCAUUUUGGUGAUGCCGUUCAACGUCGCUUAUUUACUUCUGGGCAAAUGGAUCUUCGGUAUACAUCUCUGCAAACUCUGGUUGACCUGCGACGUGCUCUGUUGCACUGCCAGCAUCUUGAAUCUCUGCGCGAUCGCUUUGGAUCGUUAUUGGGCGAUCACCGAUCCGAUCAAUUACGCUCAGAAACGCACGUUGAAGAGGGUCCUGGCGACGAUAGCUGGAGUCUGGAUACUGUCUGGAGCGAUCAGUUCGCCACCUUUGGCCGGUUGGAACGAUUGGCCGGAGGAAUUGGAACCGGGAACACCUUGCCAGUUGACCAGAAGGCAAGGCUAUGUUAUUUAUUCCUCGUUAGGAUCUUUCUUCAUACCGUUGCUAUUGAUGAGUCUGGUGUACCUAGAGAUCUUCUUGGCUACCAGAAGAAGACUUCGCGAACGUGCCAGACAGAGCGGACUGAACACGGUCCAAUCCACCAGGCAUCGCGAGGUGGACGACGCCGAGGAAUCCGUAAGUUCCGAGACGAAUCAUAACGAAAGAUCGACGCCGCGAUCGCACGCGAAACCCUCGUUGAUCGACGACGAACCGACCGAGGUAACGAUAGGAGGUGGUGCCACGGUUACCACCUCCUCGAGACGUGCCGCGAGCGGUCGAGGAACCGCAGCCACCACCACAACCGUCUACCAGUUCAUCGAGGAACGACAAAGGAUCUCUUUGUCGAAGGAGAGACGCGCCGCGAGGACACUCGGAGUGAUCAUGGGCGUGUUCGUCGUUUGUUGGCUACCCUUUUUCCUCAUGUACGUAAUCGUGCCGUUCUGUCCAGCCUGUUGCCCCUCCGAUCGAAUGGUCUACUUCAUCACGUGGCUCGGUUACGUGAACAGCGCCUUGAACCCGCUCAUCUACACGAUCUUCAAUCUCGACUACAGGAGGGCUUUCAGAAGGUUGCUGCGUAUACGUUGAAAAUAAGGAAGCCGGGUGGCUGAUAUCAUUCCGAAUUCGUGGGAAACGCUGCUCCUCGGUUUCUCCUUUCCGUUUCCAUUCGCCGUGAGGCGUCGAGAUGGUUAUUCGGUUCGAUCGGAAUUGCUCGAGGAAGGGUGUUCGAAUGUUUUCGAUGAUAACACACGGAAGUCGUACUAAUUUCGAGGAUCGUCUCGAUCCCAGGACACCGGAUGGAUCUCGAGUUUGUAAAAAAAUGAAACGACUCGAGCUGGAGGAUAUUAAAGAAACUUUAAUCGAACGAGCUUCGCCGAGUGUGUCCCAUGCUCGGUCGAGAAUUCUGUAAAUAUAAUAUCAACGACGACGAUAGGGGAUGAUGAUCAAUCGGAAGUGUGUAUGAAGUGUGCGUGCGUGUAAUUUCGAACGGUUAAUCCCCAUGUAACCUUUUCCGGAAGGAUAACGAAUACGAGGCUGGCUACGAGUAUCGAAAUCGUGGUUAGAGAUUAAGUGCUGUGAAACACAGUGAACACGAUAGUCUAAUUUCGCGCUAGAGUUCUCGCAGGGCGCGUGUACAACGGCGAAGGUCGUUCCGUUUAAAGUUGUCCCAUUAAUCGUGGCCUGGGUUAGCGAAGGAAACAAGGACGCGGAUAAGGGAUCUUGAGAAACGAAACGAAGUCACCAGGUUAGAUUGUCGACGUUCGCCGUUCGGAUCGUUCCCCCCGUCUUCUCAAUUCUCUCGGUCACGAGAAACACGGGUCUACCUUUCUUUCCAUCGACGAUUAACACCGGUUACCUCUUAGACUACGCUUUCACGCGAUAUCUGACGAGAGUUCUGAUUUUCCGCUGUCGCGGCAUCAAAUCCACUGCUAUCGAAAUGCAACUUUUAAGAUCACGACGUACUCUCGCGUGAAAACGUAAUCCUUAGGUCUUCUAGAAUUCGAUCGUGCGUAAUGAAAGGAGAAACGAUCUUCGAUGCCUUGAAUUCGAAACGAGAGGCUUAGACGUGGUGUACAGUGCCGGUCAAAAACAGGGACCAUUUUAUUCAGAAUUACUUUCCAUAACGUAAGUUAGAAAAAAUAUGUUCAAUUUCUUAUUUGCAAGUUUAAGGACAUGGAUAGAAUUAUAAUGGCACGUUGUUGUUUCAUAUAUUUUUUAUUUUGCAAUUAAUCUUUCUGAUUUGCCUAUUCGUGCAUUAAAAUGUUUCGCGGCUCAAGAGGUCGUGAAUAGAAUUUGAAUUUUAUUGGUGAGAUGAUCCCAUACUUUUGACGGGUGGUGUAUAUAUCAUAUUGGAAAAGUUGUUCGGGGUUUGGCAUCGAGUCGAUCGUUCCAUUUUCCAAAGAACGUUCGUGGAAAUAGUGUUCUCGCGUCGAAAGGAGAAUUCAAAUAUCACCUCGGUGAUAUUUGAUCGGUGGAAAUACUUUCGAGUUUCCUCGUUCCAGGCUUUUUUCCCUCCUCCAUUAUAUCGUCGUGAACCGGAAACUUGCGAAUACAGUGAAUCGCUUUCCGGUUCGCAAGGAAUCGAAAGAGCUCGAUAUUUCAUGGGAAAGGGGGUGAAAAAAAAAAAAGAAAUGGAUGAAUGAUGGAACGAUCGGCCGAAAGGGCAACACGAUUCUUCUGGCCAGCAAUUUAAAUGAAAGCAGAGCAAUUCACACGUUUACGGAUAGGAAUUUUCUACGAAAAUCGACCAAGACUCCUGUUAAGACGUUUUAGAUGAUAGAUUACCGUAUCCUUUAGAUGGUAUGCGCACCCGUACUUGUAUCGCAGCUAUUUAAGACCGUGACAUAGGUGGAUGGAAGACGUUUUCUGCUCUCUUAAUGACAGGAAACGAGCGGGGAUUUUCUCGUGGAACAAUAGAGAACGGUUACCCUCCUUCGGGAUAGCCAAUGAUCGUUCUCUCGAGUAGCGUUCGUGAAAGAACGUUUUGUUUGAUGUCGACCGUCAGUUUCCUUGAUGUUCAACCUUCCUUUCUUCCUUCAAAGAACCUUCAGGUCGGAGUGCCAGUUAAAUGCCUUGAUUUCAUGGCCGCAGAGAUAACGAAUUGGAAAUCGGUGGGAAUCCCUUGGGCAAUCGAGUCAAGGUUCUCUCUUUGAGAAUCAACGUUUCCGAAAUAUCAGCACUCUGUUAAUUUCACGCAAUAAAAUUAUCUCUAAUGCUUCCGUCUGUAUCGUCAGAAAGGUACCAACGAUUCGUUAAUUUUAUACAAUUAGUAUUAUAAAAUAUGAAAUUCUGCUUUCGCAGAACUGGAUACGAUUUAUCCUGUAACCAAAUCAACCCGGAUUUUGAAUAUACAAAUUGCAACUGAACUAUCCGCGUUUCACUAAUUUCGCGCAAUAAUUUUGCUUAAUUUCUAACGCGUUUAUAUAAAUAAUAGAAACUCGGAAUCGAUAAUCCCUGUAAUUGAAUCGACCCAAUUUUGAACGUCGAAAUCGACCUCUUUGAACGAACAGUAUUUCGCUGUUUUCGCGCGAUAAUUUAGCUCGAUUCAUUAGACUUCAAUCCGACUCUUCCAUUCGCGCGAUUAGUCGUUAAUGGAUCCUUCAGAUCAAUCGACAACCACGUUGAUUGUCCCUUAAUUUUCCGUGGAAAUUAUAGGGCGGUCGAGUUCAAAGAUUCCUCGAGAGAACGUUCAUUUUCCUAGGAGCAAUUCGUUUUGUUAGUUUCGUUCUAGCAACGGUAACGAGCGAGAGGCGUAUUCUUAAACGUACGCUACCUACCCCGUUCGUUAUCAAAUCGCAAGCAUUAUGGUUGUGAAUAUUUAAAUAACAAAGAGAAUACGACGAAUCUGUAAACACGAACACACAGCUACACGUACACAAAGGGAGAAAGAUCCUCGACAUGCGAACGUGUGCAUGUCUCUGUAUAAAAUUACAUUUUAAGUCGCCUCCAGUGUUCGUUUCAUCGACACUCAGUUAGACCGACACGAAUCGUGCACAGAAUGCAGUCAUUCUACUUGAAAAGUAAAAAAAAAAAAGAAAUAACGUUCCUCGCGUUUCAACGUUCGACAAAAUGUGGGUCUGAAAGCUUACGAUCAAUCGGCGAAUAAUCGAGACAAAAAUCGUGAACAAAUUUUAAUCACUCAGCCGUCGAAUAACGAGACGAAUGGCAACGAAUCCAUACUGGUAACUGAAUAUCGAAAACAAUCGCGUAUCGUUGGUUUUUUAUUCCUAUCGAUGGACGAUUGAAGCGCGAGUUCGGAAAAUUUAAACGAAUCGUUACCGAUCAACGAGGGAAUAGGUGACGCGUUUGCCGUCCCCUCGAGUGCCACGCCAAAUCGAAUAAAAAGAAAUAUAUAUAUAUGAAAAAUAGAAAAACUAGGGAAAAAAAGGGGGAGAGAUGUUAACCCUAGGACACUGUGAACGGAGAAGCUAAUAUUGAUACUCGACCUCGUCACCAGGGCACUCUAUAAUAAGGUUGUGAUAAGGUUGUGAGAACACGUUCGUAGCCGUGCUACGAACAACACAAGAUUUUUAAUUAUUAGGAUAGACAAAUGAAACCUUACUUUAUUCGUGGCACUGUCCAACUCGCGACACCGAGUUUCCUAUCCAACUGGGAAUUAAACGGGACGCUUGAAUAGUUUUAACUGGACGUUAAAGCCGACCUCGAGUUUCUCAACGUUUCUUUAAUUCUUUUGCUGAAAAAUUUCGCGAGAAAUUUUCCUACCUUUUUAUCUUUACUCGCCAACGUUCUUACCGUUUUAUUCUCUUGUUCGUCUUUCAGAGAAAAAUUUAUUCCCUCUACGUACCCAUUUACAAUAGCAAACUGUAUUAACUCUUUACGUGGUCAUGUAACUUUCAAGUGUCUCUUUUUAUCUUUUUCCUUUUACAGAAAAGAGUAAUUAUUCGUUUGUAUCGAAAAAUUUAUUUGAAAUUUAUUUAAUUUCAUUUUAAAAUUAUGUAGUUGCAGACUGAAGGAUUGGUUUUUACUAGUUUCGCGCUAAAUAACUUCUUUCUUUUAUUUAGUAGAACCGUAUAAUAAGCCCCUUCUUUCUCUCUAUACAUAGAGAGUUAAGGUGACAGUGAAUAUUACGGAGUACCAGGCUGAAAUUGAAGCUGGACUUUACAUUCUUCCAAAGUGGUCGUAAAACAAGAGCUCGGGUAAAACGUUUAUUGCAAAUUUUAUACUUUCCAUUUAGAUCGUAUAGAUCCAGUUAGCGAACGAUCGUCCUAAGUAAUCAACGAUUAAAGGGUUUCUCCUUUUUCGCUUUGAUACGCGAGAUACUUCAAAGCAACUGUUCAAUAUUUUUUUUAUGUUCACCAAAGGAGAUACUAUUUCAUGCAAGUUGCACAGACGUUUGGAAUAUCCUUUUAUAUCAGUCUUUCAAUUUUCAUUUAUUUCAUGUUUCUUUUGACGAUAUGAAAUUUCAAUCACACGUAUACCCCUAUGGACGUACGUGCUUUUAGAAAAAAACUCGCAAUCAAUGCUGGAUACCCGCAUUGAAACUAUGUAUUCCAGGAUAUUUUCCCUUUUGAUUUUAUUUUCUCCUCGCGGAAGAACGGUAGAAGCGUGCCAAAAUACUGGUCGGAAAUAAAUUUUCAACCAAGUUUGAAUAGCAUCAGUAGGAAAUUGAUUUGAAACUUGCUGAAAUUUGCUAAUAUAGGCGUGAAAAGUAAUUAGAAUGAAUCUCAGCUCGGGCAAUUAGCGCAUUCUUGAGACAUUGCUUGCUAAUUAUCUACCUAAUUAAAACUUCGAUUAGACCGAGAGUCAAGAAAUUCUUCAGAUAUCGCUGUGUACACACAAAUAUUUCGUUUCGUCGAUCCGACUUCCGCCCCAAAAUAUUCUGCAAACUUCCUAUAGCCAACUCCGAAAUAUUCCCAAAUUUCGGUUAACUUUGGAUUAGAUUCGCGUCCCAUAGCGUCGAAUCUUCCAAACUCCCGAAUUUUCGAACAACAUGACAGAUAUAUUUUCGGUACGAUAAGAAAGAAUAUCCAAAGUUUCUUCCCGGAAAUCGCGUUUUAUGUUCUUCGAAAAGAAAACGUUUCACCGAUGGUUUCACAAGUUGUCACGAACAAGCUCGAAGGAACCGAAAACAAUUACACGUUGCAAAGCAAUUAGAAAGUUUUUUAAACGAUGCCUUCAUGUAUUAACCGGAAAUUGUCCUGACAAUUCACAAUAGCCCGCAUUUCACUCGCUUCGCUUCUGCUACUGGCAGGUCUGACUAAUGCCUGACUCGUACUACUCGCUGCCUAGUAAUCGGGCUGUUAACGACGGGUACUCUGUACUUUCGCAAAUUUUUAUAGAUUACGGUUAAUCAACGACUAUUUUAUUAUGUUUUACAAUGUAUUUGAAGUAAUUGAAAGUACUCAUUAACCGGGAUGCAAAUGAAUAGCUGUGUCAGAGUAGAAUUUCAAAUCGCUCGAUGUCUGUUCCACUUCUUUUAUCGUUUGAUUUUCCAACUGUUUCGUGUCUCACGAAACUAUUCUGGCCACGAAACGACCGGAACAAGAACGGCUUUACCUUACAUUUCGGCUAAUUCGAGCCGGUGCACCGUAUGUUUCGUCGGCCAUUAGAAUGCGAAACCGUCCCCUGACGCUCUAACGCGACCGUUUGUAGGGUCUAAUUACUUUCUGGGAUUUACACGAUCCGCACCUUAAACAAUAGUAUUCUCUCUUCGUUUUGAAAACGUCGGGGUCGCAAAGUGUUCUCGGUAAUCCUUUUGGAUGGGAAUCUCGGUAGUUAUAUUAUUGUACUGCGUUAUAUAUUACAUUAAUACAUUACAUUUACUUGUACAUCCGUAUCCGCAGGUUGAUUUUCAAGAUUAGUUUCGGGGAUCGAAACGCAGGGUGUUCAUAUUCACCCCUUUCUUUUAUUCAAAAUAUCUUUCUCUCUAUACAUUCCUUACUGAACUUCCAUAUCAUUGAUACCAUUGAUCAGAUAUUUUUUAAUCUAUUUUUGUAUCUUCAUAAUCACAUCAGGAAAUUAAUCAUUAAUUUUUCAUUUACUUUGGUCAACGAGCAACUGCACCUCGAUCCACGAAACGGUACGACGAUAUUAUACAGGUUGUCCGAAAAAAGAUUGUAUUCCAUUGAGAAAUCUAAUUUUCAUGGUGUACAAUUUUUUCUAAAAACACCCUGUGUAUAAAUAUGAAAUUAUUCUAUAAUUGGGCCUGGUCGCCCGAUCGAGAGAAACACUACGCUAGAUACGUAUAACAUAUACAUAUAAAUAUAUUAUAUAUAUAUAUACACAUCUAGUUAUUAAACUAAUACUCCAUUGGUUGUGAUUUACAAGUAUAGCAAUACAGGAGAGCUCGAAUUCCAUGACCUAGAUCGCGCACAGACUUUCCCUCUCCGGUGAAUUUAUUAGAUUAAAACCGAUGUCGUGCUGGUUGAAAUUUUUGGACAGCACUUCGUAUCCGAUUUAAUUCGACAGAUUUCCCUUUUAAUUUAUAUCCGACUUUCGUUGCCAUCGCUACAGAAACGAUACGAAAUAUUUCUAACGCAUUCGCGUCUAUAUCUUGUGUAUCGUAUCUUUAAUAUCGGAACGCUGAUCGAACAUUUCGGUCUCGUAAAUUUGUCAGAAAUUCUUGGGAAAAUAUUUCAUUAGAUCGUAUAUUACCCUGGAUAUCAUGCGACAAAUGCGUACCUUAAAUUAUAGGAAAAAUGUUUUCAUCGAUAUUCCGGAUGUUAAUUAAAUUCAUGCGAGAACAUAGCGAGAACGGAUACAAAUUGUUAUUAUCGCGUUCGCUAUACUGCCCUCCUUACUUCAAUUUUCCUGAUUAACAUUUUGAAACAGCGGAGAACGAUGAAGUUUUAUCGUUUUAUUAUUCCUCGAAGUAUGUAUACGAACAGCGAGUGUGACGAUUAAUUAGGUGCUUCGGAUCGAACGGUUUAACCAAGGAAAGCGGUACAGUUCGUCAGUGAUCACGAAUUUAAUACAGUUGAAAAGGGGGGAAAAAUACAAAAGCUCUGGAAAUCGCUCGUGAAAGCUAACAAGUUAAACACAAACAGAAAUGUAAACCAGAAAUAGAAGGAGAGAGGAAAACGAUCCGAUUGAAAUUCUAGAAAGCGUGGACCAUCGAGCGUUCAUGUGAGCCUGCCGCUUGAGUGUGUAAAUAUUAAAAUAAAUCAAUGAACAAAGAAAAAACAGAAGCCGUUCGUGUACGUGUAUUGAAUAAAAGCGUGUGGAGUAUCGUGUGAAUGAUUAAAUUAAAAAAAAAGAAAGAAAGAAAUUUAUCGAAACGAUCGUCCUUAUCCUUCGCAAUGAAAUGUAAAACAAAAUGAAUCUCUUUCGAUAAGACGCACGAAAUUUCCCGCCUCUCUGUAUUCAUCGCAAUUUUCCAAAUGUUUAACACCCUUUUCAUUUUUUUUUCUUCUUUUCUACUUCUCCAUAUACAUUCAUCGGAAUUGAAAAGCAGAGAAUGAUGUAAAAUUUGCAUAUCCAGGUGGAAUUCAUUCGUUGCUUUUCGACCGAAAACUCGCGACCAGCUUUUCGCACAGCGUAAACCACCAUCCGCGGAGAAUCGUUUUAAUUAUUUUCAGGCCGAAAGUCUGCCGCGUCUCUGAUUUCCAUAUUUUGCAUUUCCCCGUUUCACGUGGAUUAGCCGAGGUCCACGUCGCGGGGUUCUCAUUCAAUUUCGCGAUCUCCGAGCGAGGCUAACGCUCGGAGAUCACCAGCCUCGAACGUACACGCGCGAGAAACGCGUUUCGGAUCUCUCUAACUGCGGGGGUUAAGUCGAAAUUUAAUCCAGUUCUCAUUCUUCCACGCUUUUGUUCAGCGAUAAACGAGCGACUCGAUUAAGCCACCGGUCUUGUUUAUUCAACUGGAUAAUUGUCGGGACGAUUUUUAACCCUCUAUACAACUGACGUAAUGAAUCCUUUCCCUCAUUAUUCUUAGUGCACCACUGUUAAUGUAACGUGUUUAUUUUUUAUAAAGUGAUAGAACAUCGAUAUUGUGUUUCGAAACGAAUUACUGUUUGUAAAUACAGAAAAUCUGGACGAUGGAGGGUUGACUAUAUUUCCACGUGGACCAUCGGGGUUAAAUUUCCAUUUAAAAUUUCGUGCGUCUAUCUCAAGUGAAAUGUGAGAAAGAAAUGAUAAAAUACAUAUGAUACGUACACACCAACACAGACACACUUAAGUACAUAUGUACCAGUAAAAUGUGGAAACCCUU